AUCGUCAGAAAAUAAUAGACAUUGUUUCCUUAAAACCGUGAUUAUGAGGAGCUCCUCUUUUUUAAAUUCAAGGACAAGAUGGCAGCGUCCAUGACCAUCAGAAAUAUAGUCAAGCAGGCUAUAUUUAUUAAGAAUGGCUCAAUUGGUAUCAACUCCAAACUGAAUGUAGCCCACAAGUCAACCCACAGGGCUCACAACCCCAACUACAACCGCACUAGUGCUGAGGUUACUCUAGCUCUUAGACCAAAACAAAAUUUUCUCCAUCAUGAUCUAGUCGACAAACACAGACGUUCUCCAUUACAAAAAGGAACAGAGGUGCUACAGACAGAGACAGAGGUGAAAGCACCAAGAGAUUACAGGUUUGUUAUGCCUGAGUUCAUGCCAAGACCCAACUUUGAAGACAGAGACAGAGUUUUGGAGAAACUUGAACGUUGUGAUAUGUUUAGAAGGCGAACCAAUAUCACUAUUCCAGAGUUUUAUGUUGGCAGUAUCAUGGCUGUGUCCAUCUCUGAUCCUUAUGCUCCAAAUAAAAGAAACAGAUUUGUUGGUAUCUGCAUUGACAGAGGUGGCAUUGGAUUGAAAGCUUAUUUUGUACUAAGGAAUGUUGUUGAUGGUUUAGGUGUGGAAGUGAUGUAUCAAAUGUACAACCCAACUGUACACUCUAUAGAGGUUCUAAAGUUAGAGAAACGUCUGGAUGAACAACUCUACUACUUGAGGAAUUGUCCUCUUGAAUAUAGCACAUUCAGCUUUGAUAUGGAGCCUGUUCUAUUGCCUCGUGAUGCCGAAAUACCAGUCAACACUUUAAAGGUGAAGCUGAAUCCCCCACCUUGGGAACAAAAAUGGGAGAGACAAAAUUUGAAAGGCAUUGAGCCUCUGGAGCUGACACCUAGAAUGAUUCGUGGCAUUGAAAUGCAUUUGAAACCAUGGGAGAAGUAUGACCUGAUGUUGCACUAUAGAAGUAAAGUUCCAGAAGAAGAAGAGGAACAGAUCAUGUCAGAAGUUUACAAAGAGAAACUGAAGCAAGAUUCCCUCAGGAAAGUUACUAAAGCCACACUAAGGAAGAAAAAAUGAGAGAAUAUUUUCAAAAAAAAUCUUUUCCCAAUGUUUGUGUUUGUAAUGAAUGAUGUUUGUAGUGAAAAUGUGUCCCUAGGAAUUCUGGUCUGUGGAAAAGUUUCACAUUAUGUCAAUGUAUGGCUUUUUAUGGAAUUCUUUUUCACAAUCAUCAGCAAUGUUCUUGUAAAUAUUUUUAAUUGAAUCUAAUGCAGUGCAGUUGUAAGAGUCACGAGUGGUAUGUUGUCUAAUUAUUAAAAUCUUUUUAUGUAACUUC